AUGACAGACUUGCAGAUCGUGGGAGAAGAGAGAAGCUUUCUUGUCGCCGAGUUGAAGAGCCGCAUCGAGCGCAUGGAGACUACAGAGCGGGACCUGCGGGUUGAGCACAUUGAUGCGGCCGCAGGGGAGCUCAAGGAGAAAACCAAGCUACAAAUGAAGAUGCUCGAGGAGGUGGAAGAUGGGAUUCACAAGGCUACGUCUGCCAUGAAGCAAGAAGCAGUUGCUCGGGAGAGAGCAAUGGAGGACACUCAAAGAGUGGCCAAACAAAACAUGCAGACCGAGAUCGCCCAGCUGGAUCAGAAACUGACCAAGCUGACGUCAGAUUGUGUGGAAGCAAGCAAGGCCGAGCUACUUCAGGAGCUUUCUCAUCAAGUUGGAACUGUCCAGCAGCAAAACGCAGCAGCAUUGAAGAAGUUGGAUACCGAUCUGAAGUUGAACAUCUCGACAACACAAGCGAAUGUCGAACAUCAGCUCAACUUAAAGCUUCAGGACAUGCAGCAGAAUUUGCAGAGCUUCCUCCGAAAGCAGGAUACUGCCUUGCAGCAGCGUUUCGAGAAAGAGUUGGAGACGAAUGCAGCAUCUUUGAAACAGCAUCAGGAUGUCCUCACUGGUCGGGUGGAUGGCAUCAAGGCUGAUCAGGUUAUGCUUAGCAAGGCACUGGAAAAUGCCGGGAAAGAUCUGCACGCCUGUCAAGAGACGCAGGCCACGUUGUUCACAUUCAAGGAGUCGAUGGAUCGUCGAAUGGGCGAGCUUUCAGUGGACCUGCAGCGGAUGAAAAUUAGCCAGGAAGCAGCUCUGUCGCACAGCGCAGUCGAAGAGAAGAUAACUUCCGAAAUCCGGUCCUUGAGGGAGGGAAUUGAUAGCAUCAAGCAUACUGUGGAUGGAAACGAGAGGGCCGAGAGGGCUGAGCGGGCGCCAUCAAGGCCGUGUUCACCUUCAGGUGAUGCAAGGUCAGUCGGGCCACUGUUGAGACCAAUGUAUGUUCGCCCGAAUGUUGCGACACCUGCAACUCCCACGCAGGCGUGGCCGGGAAGGGUGCCUGUACAGCCUGUGCGAUCUAUCAGUCCGCCGAGUCAUGCAGUUCAGCCGGUGCCGGUUCAGCCGGUUCAGCCGGUUCAGCCGGUUCAGGGCCAUGUUCAACAGGCAGUGCCGGCAGCAUUUCUGCCCAGACCUCCUGCACCUGCGAGUCCCGAGCCAGAUGCGAAGGUCCCUGUCCCCGUUCUUCUUUCAAUCUCUUGCCCGAGUGUUCCGGGCAAUCCUGCUGUCAGUGGUGAAUACCACCUGGUACCUGGUGAGUCUGUGAAUGGCAUGCCAUUGUGGAAACACAGUGGUGCGGAGCUGUGGCUCUACUGUGGAACGAACAGGCGUUGGUUCGUUGGUGGCCAGGAUGCCAAAGACUGGAGGUUUCAAUGCGAAGCUGGAUUCAUCUACAGCGAACCAGUGAACGGCACGAUGCCGGAUCGGAAGAAGAUCGACUACAUCCCGCACACAGGAAUCGCAGUCUUCGGCAAAGAGUACUUCUUCGGAGGAGGUCCUCAAGUGGGUAUUCCUGGCCAGUCAGUUCCUGUACCGGUGACUCAGGUGCUAGAGCUGGGCGAGACCCACAAGACAUGCGAGGAGCUUGAAGCGCACAUCCGGAAUGUGCUUUCGCUGGAGCAUAACGAGCAAAACUAUGAUUUGCUCCGGCACAACUGCAAUCAUUACGCGGAUGAUGUGGCCAAGUUCUUGCUUGAUGGCAAAGGUCUUCCAACAAGUAUUGUCAAUGUGGCAGAAGAAGCCCUGUCGACGCCACAGGGCCAGGCUCUGAAGGUCAUGAUUGAGAACAUGGAACGCAGCAUGCGCUCUGGAGGUAACAACUCCUCUCUCAAUCCCUUCUCCAAUGCUGGGGGCUUUGCAGUGCUAAUGCAGACUGCAUCUUCAGAAUGUUGCAUACUUGUUGAGGCCGCAUUCGCCGACCUCGCAAAGAACGAGCAAGAGGUACGGCGGACUGCGCUGCAGAUGCUUCUCAAGAUGACGGAGAAUGUUGAGAAGAAUCCGUCCGAGCAGAAGUUUCGCAGAAUCAAGAUGUCCAAUCCGGCCGGGACCUUGAAAUUCUCAAAGACGCCAGGGAAUGAGAGCUCGCACUGCUCUGGGAGGCGUGGUCGUCACAUCAUGGAAGCCAUCGAUGAGAAUCCACCUCCGGCCUGGAUCUCAUGGGGUCAUGGCACUGCAAGCGGCUGCAAGGUGCGCAUGUCCUGGUACCUGGGCCCUGGAGGGAUGUUAGUGCCAGGACCUUAG